AUGGCCCUGAAAAAUUUUACUGAAGACGAAAACCAUAAAACUGUCCUAGAACUGUUCUGCUCAGCUGAAUUUGUCAGAGGUGUAGAGAGCGAGCUUAUAUUCCUUUCAGCUCUAACUAUUUUUUUUUUCGUCACUGCAUUUCUGGGGAACACUCUGAUCCUAGUUGCUCUGCACAAGGAAACUUCACUUCACCCGCCCUCCAAACUCCUGUAUGGUAACCUAGCGAUAACUGAUCUCUGUGUUGGUAUCAUUGCUGAGCCUUUGGCUGUGACUUACUGGACUUCUGUUGUGAAAGAAAGAUGGGAUAUUUGCUAUCACGCAAUUCGGGCAUUAGGUUUCUCAAGUAUUAUUUUCUGUUUAGUGUCUUUAUUAACAGUGACUGCAAUAAGCGUGGACAGGCUUUUCGCCUUCCGGCUGGGGCUCAGAUACAGACAAGUUGUAACUUUUAGAAGAACAUGUAUAACUGUGACUGGUUUUUGGAUUUUGCCCAUCGUCAGUGCAUCUACUGUCUUUUUGAAUCGUCGUAUAACUUCAUGGUAUCCUGAACACAUAGGUAUAGCUAUUUGUCUGUUCACCACAAUCUUCGCUUACGCAAAAAUUUUCGUUACUCUGCGUCAUAACCAAAUUCAUGUUCAGAGCCAUGCUGCUCAAGGACAACCGAGCCAAGCAAUUCCACUGAACAUAACUCGAUACAGGAAGGCAGUGUACAGUGCACUGUGGGUGCAGGGAACAUUGGUUAUUUGUUAUCUGCGGUAUGUUGUAGUAGUAGCUUUGCAACCUCAGAGAGGCAUGUCUUUAUCCAUUUACCGUGCUCAGCAAUUUACGGCUACUUUACUGUAUUCGAACUCGUCAUUAAACCCGUUGUUGUACUGCUGGAAGAUCAGAGAAGUAAGGGAAGCUGUAAAAGUAACAUUAAGGCAACUUUUCUGUCGAUCGAGUUAG